AUGCGUCUCAACACAGCUCUUACUUCCGCCUUGGUCUCCUCGGCCUCUCUUAUGGGCUACGCCCAUGCCGAGGAGGAAUCUGCUGCUGAUGCUUCCUCGGUCGUGGAGAGACCUACUUUCACGCCCACAAGCCUUGAGGCUCCCUUCCUAGAACAAUUCACGGACGACUGGCAAUCGCGAUGGACUCCUUCGCACGCCAAGAAGGAAGACUCCAAGUCGGAGGAGGACUGGGCCUACGUUGGUGAAUGGUCCGUUGAGGAACCAUCUGUCUUCAAAGGUAUCGAAGGAGACAAGGGUCUGGUUGUCAAGAACGUUGCGGCCCACCACGCCAUCUCCUCCAAGUUCCCCAAGAAGAUCGACAACAAGGACAAGACUCUCGUUGUCCAGUAUGAGGUCAAGCCGCAAAACUCCCUGGUCUGCGGUGGUGCCUACAUGAAGCUCCUUCAGGACAACAAGAAGGCUCUGUCUGAGGAGUUCUCCAACACUACUCCCUACGUGAUCAUGUUUGGUCCCGACAAGUGCGGUGCUACCAACAAGGUCCACUUCAUCUUCCGCCACAAGAACCCCAAGACCGGCGAAUACGAGGAGAAGCACCUGAAGGCUCCUCCUGCUGCCCGUACCAGCAAGCUCAGCUCUCUUUACACCCUUAUCGUCCGCCCCGACCAGUCCUUCCAGAUCCUCAUUGACGGCUCUGCCGUUAAGAACGGCACUCUUCUUGAGGACUUCACCCCCGCCGUCAACCCCGAGAAGGAGAUUGAUGACCCCAAGGACAAGAAGCCCGACACCUGGGUCGACGAGGCCAAGAUCCCCGACCCUGAAGCCACCAAGCCCGAAGACUGGGAUGAGGAGGCUCCCUUCGAAAUUGUUGACGAGGCUGCCGAAAAGCCUGAUGACUGGCUGGAGGAUGAGCCCAACAGCAUUCCUGACCCCGAGGCCGAGAAGCCCGAGGACUGGGAUGAUGAGGAAGACGGUGACUGGAUUCCCCCAACUGUCCCCAACCCCAAGUGCAGCGAAGCCUCCGGAUGUGGCCCCUGGUCUCCUCCCAUGAUCAAGAACCCUGCCUACAAGGGCAAGUGGACUGCGCCUCUGAUUGACAACCCUGCCUACAAGGGACCCUGGGCUCCCCGCAAGAUCGCCAACCCUGAGUACUUUGAGGACAAGACCCCCUCUAACUUCGAGCCCCUUGGCGCUAUUGGCUUUGAGAUCUGGACCAUGCAGAACGACAUUCUGUUCGACAACAUCUACAUUGGACACUCCGUUGAGGAUGCUGAGAAGCUCCGCAAGGAGACCUUUGACGUCAAGCGCCCCAUCGAGGAGGCUGAGGAGGAAGCUUCGAAGCCCAAGAAGGAGGACAAGCCGGCUGGCACUACCGUUAGCUUCAAGGAGGACCCCGUCACCUUUGUCCGUGAGAAGGUUGACCAGUUCGUUGGGCUUGCCAAGGAAGACCCUAUCAACGCUGUCAAGCAGGUCCCUGAAGUUGCCGGUGGCCUGGGUGCCCUUCUUGUGACCAUGAUCCUCAUCAUUGUUGGCGCCAUUGGAGCCAGCAGCCCCGCCCCUGCCCCUGUCAAGAAGGGUAAGGAGGCCGCCAAGGCUACCAAGGAGAAGGCCAGUGAGGCUGUCAGUUCCGCCGCGGAAACUGUCAAGGGCGGAGCCACUAAGCGCAACACCCGAUCGUCUGCGGAGUAA